AUGCCCGGGCCCGCCGCGGCAAUGGAGCCCGUGGAGCCGCAGUCGCUGAAAAAGCUCAGCUUCAAGUCCCUGAAGCGCGCCCUCGACCUAUUUUCCCCCACGCAUGGCCAGUGUGCCCCUCCCGACCCAGAGAGGUACGCUCCCGAUCGUGCAUUGGUCUGGGUUGAUUUCCUCCCUCCCAGUACUUAAACCCUAAUUUCCUUCUACGCUUCCUGUUCUUUUACCUGCCGCCUUUUCUGAAAUCUGACUGGUUUGUUAUCCUUCUCCUCCCUUCGUCUCUCCGGGGCGGUUCUCUCAGUCAGCGCGUUCGGAUCAGUUACAAGGUCAGUUCGGUUUCGCUCUACAUAUAUCUUGAACCAGCGUAGAUAUCUGGAAUGGCGGAUGCUGCAUUCUGGUUCUUACUGCGGCUGCUUACAAUAUGAGUUUUCCUUGAAGGUGAACGCCGAAUAUGGAGCCGUGAAGAAUCUGUCGGGGGAUCAGAGACAUGAUCAAGGAAAUCAUGGUACUCCCGGUCAGGGAAAUCAGGCGUCGAGUUCAUCCGCUUUGGUUCUGGCAGGUAAUUCGACAAUUUCUUUGUCGAUACGACCCGUGUAUCUUCUUGGUGGCGUAUCAACUUGAAUAUUUUUGCAUUUUCCCCUGAUGUUCGGCACUCUCGUUUUGUAACAAUGAAUGACGCUGACGGUGAUCCGAAAACAUUCUUUGAGCAUCGUGGCUAUCUUUCCUCAUGCUUCCAUGUGCCAAACAAAUGAAAAAUGUGUUUGCCAGUUUGUUUUUGGAAGGAUUUUAUGGGUCAUGAGUCACAUUAUGGCACUAUUCCUGGUAGAAAAGCUUCUAUUGAGGAAAAUUAACGAGUUUACUUGAAAUGUUAUUCAAUGCUUGGGCGCUGGCAGAAGCACCAGAUAUAAGUUUUGCUCUCUUGAGGAUGAUAUUUCAGCAAAUAUAGAUAUCUUAACAUCAUUUUAUCUUGUUAGGUUUGAUAAUUAAUCAAAUAGAUUCUUAAAACCAAGGGAGGAAAGAGCUGCUUUCGUUGGUUACUGAUGAAAAUUAUUCAGUUGAAGGGAAUUUGACUUUCACAAAUAGUUUCAGAUGCUAGUAGAAGAUGCAGAUCUAUUUAUUAGGGUGAUUUUAAACUGUUGAGCGAGGAAACGUAGUGCUACUUGAAAUGUUGAUAGCCCAUUCCCUCCUUGAAUGUAAAAGGAGCUGGAAUCUGCAGUAUUGUUCUCAUGGAAAGCCAUGCAUAGGAGCAUUACUAUAAGCCUUGCAGUUUAGUGAAGUUGACAUAUGCGUGUAUUAUUUUGUAUGGAUACCAUGUCCUUCAUAGAUGAUUCCUAUGUUUUUGCUGGACUGUGUAAGAAACACGGCAAAAAUGAUGGGUAUUAGUGUUUCCACGCAGUUCUAUGAAUUUUCGAUAUAAUAUGGAAAAUGAAUAAAAUAAUUUUUUGUUGCCGUGGUUAGAGCUCUCUGACUGACAGAGGUUAGGAAGUGCAGGGAUAUAGUUUCCGAUCUCUAAUCGUCAAAAUAUCUAUCAGUUUACAUAUAUCAGUUCAGAUAUUUUUAUGGUGCUUAGAUUCAUAAUAAAAUCGGAUAAAGUUGUAUGGGCCCUUCUGUGCUUCAUCAUCUGGAAGGAGUUUCGAGGGUAGUUUCGACUUUGAGAGUGCUGAUUCGGUGAGUCUGAAAUGUCUACAAAGAAGAAGUUCAUGGGGGAAAUCUGUGGGAGAAAAUAAACUGAAGUGCUUACUUAACUUGAAAAGAUGGAAUAAAGUUGGGAGGUGGUAAAAGAUUUCAGAUAAGGGUAGAAUAGUCUGGGUGCUGGAUGGAAAAGAAGAAAUAAAUGCCUAUCCUGAGUGAAUCAUGUAUAAGAAACGCCAUUUGAAGGAAUUUUUCUGUGAAACACUUCGGAUCGCAGACAUUUAUUUGAGUCUAUGGUCAUUGUCUUCAGAUUUGUGAUCUUGAUAACCUUCUCUCUUCUGGAGGUUGCUUCCAUCCGAAGGUUGAAGUGAGCGAUUCCUCUGUUUUGUACUUCUCCAUUCCUUUUUUUUUCUUGUUUGAAAGAUCGCUGGAAUAAUGACGUGAUAUUGAUAGUGUCAUACUGCAUUCUUUCUUUUACCCUUGUUUAAUUUCUUGGUAUAGCUGAAUUCUUCAUGUUUCUGUUUUCGUUAAUUAUUCAGUAUGCUCACUGAUAACUCUAGUUAUUUUAAAAUUUCAUCCUCAAGUUUCCAUUUGAUUCCAUCAGUUCAGAAAAGAAUAUGUAGAGGUUCAAGCACGGUUUCUUACAUGAAAAAUAAUUGAAAAAUCACAGAGUAAAUUGUUAUCUUCAGUUGGGUUCUUAAUAAAGUACUUAAUGCCUAUUAUUUAGAAAAACAAAAUGUUGAACACUUUUUUCUUUGAUUAGCUUCUCAGUGCCUUUCACACUUGGGCACUUUGUUUUAUCUGGAACCCAGUGUUUUUCGCAGAGAGCAAUAUUCAUUCUAGGAUGCUUAUAGAUUUUCCACUUUCUUUCCUUUUAGGCACUCUUUUAACACGUUAGAAAGUUUAGUUUCCUUGUACUACUCUUGAGCUAUCAAGAAGACUAAAUGUGGAAACGAAAUUAAAAAUUGGUCAAUCGAUGAAAAUGACUGAGAAAAGUCAGUACAAUUUAAAUGGACUGAUUUUACCUUUCUUGGACUGCGGACCCUUUUUAAUAGCGCCAGAACUGGUUGCUUGGUAUUAUUUCCUUUUUUUUCUUUUUUCAAUGAACAAAUCUAUAUCUGGGUAUACAUUCUUCAAACUACUCAGUUUGUUGUGCACCAGAAGUGGAAUCUGCCUAUUUCUGUGAUUCAUGUUGUCCUCAUGCGUUUGUUUCGUUCUCUGUUCAUGGCAAGCAUAAAAACUUGAGCACAUUUCUCAUAUCAUCAUUUUCCUCUCUUAGGGAGCCAAACUUCUGGAGAUUCGCAGAAAGAUGGGGCCCACAACUCCGUGGUUCUUGCCCCUGUGCAGCCAAAAGGAAUGUAUGUAUGCCAUUCUUAUCUCACAUCAUGAUGUGCACCGGGAAUGCAAGUAAAAGAAAAUUCAUUACAUUUUUUACUUUUCUAUGUUUGGUUAACUGAUAAGAACUGUACUUUUCAACAGUGAUACAGGGCAUGCAGCGAGAACUGGUGCCGGUUCUGUCAUUCCAGUUCUUGGUUCUGCGGAAAGGUUUUUUGUGUCCCUGUCCUUCAUUUUUUUCCCCUAAAAUUAUUCUUCUUUGGGGAAACAAAAGUUUGUUUAUGCUUGUUUCUAUUGAGAACUUUGAAAGGAUGCAGAAUUAUGCAUGCAGACAUCAACCAAGGACAACUGAGUGGAAUUGAGACAUUACAUUUUUAUGCUGCUUGCCCUAUAGGUGGUUAGGUUUUUAUUUAAAUAUUUGAAUUUAUUGGCGAUUUCCUUGGAAAUUUCAACGGUAUCUCCAAUUUCCAAUUUCACAUAGGUUUUCAGUACGAAUAAUUAUGAAUCUCUAAGAAUUUUUUUUUGGUGUUUUUAAGACAAUAAAGUAUGUACGAACUCAAUACCAGCCAUAACAAAUAGUGAAUAGUGAAAUGUCCUCGCCCAAUUUCUAUGUUGGGUCUUGAAUCAAGUGACCCUCCUGUAAUCAGCCAAAUCAGCCUGGCAUAGCGCAAACUUGGCAAUAGGUUCCUGUUUCAUUGCUGCUUUGUGAUGACUUUUUACUGUUUAAGCUUAGAUCUUAUCUUCUCUGUUCAGGCCUCAAUCAACCUCUGCUUUAGUGGAAAGGGUCCCAAGCAGAUGGCCUCGGCCAGAAUGGCAUGCCCCAUGGAAGAACUACAGGGUAUGCAUUUACCACCCUGAGUAGUCUAUUUCAUUUUUAUAGCGCUAUUUUAGUUAGGAGAGAGUUUAUCAAAUGGCAAUCGUUACUAUGAUGAGCAAUGUGCCACAUGUGUUUUAUAUGAUGAGCGAUGUCUACUAUGAUGUGCGGCUUAUCUAUGCAUCUGUGACACAUCUAAAACGUUGGAUGUAAAAGGGCUUGACUAAAUAUCUCUGGUUUUGUUUGGGGAAAAACACAUGAGGAAUAGAGAUCAAGCAGGGUAUAUAGUUUUCAGGAAUUAAGUAUCAGGGAGGUUAAAGCUCUUGCAUCAAUCUCAAUAAAAAAACAGACGCAUCAUGUGAGAUGGCACCUGUGGUAUCUGUGUUCCAUGGAACAAUGUGUAUCUACAUAUAGAUCUAGUGGCAUAGAAGAGAUUGAACAAGCUUUGGUACCAUAAAAUUUGACCGUCCUGAAAACUCUCGGCAGAGUGUUGUGGGUUCACUGUUUAAAACAUAUUACUUAGAUGAGUAGAUCCCUUAAUGUGUAGUCUAACAUGUGAAUUUCAGGGGAAUAGUUGUGGGCCUAUUCAUUUUAAAAACUAGUUAGAUGAGUUAGCUAGGUUGUAAGAUUUUACAUUCCUUGAGGAUCACUCUUACUUAUCUUUCACUGUUUAAUUCCUCACAGACAAUUCUUUUUUCUUUCCAAGACCCUCAGAACUUGAGAAUCGCUGUUGUCUAUAUAUACUCAGGAUGAUGCAUACGUGUGCUUUCGUUGGUUGCACUUUUUCACAUAUCUGUAUAUUUUUUUUUAGAAAAUCCAGUAGUUGCAAAAAGAGAGGGUAACGUCGAAACUGAAUGAAGAAAACAAUGCUCCAGUAUGUAACUUCAGGAGGAAUUUUUGUUGUCACAACAAGUUGUGUUAUUUAAAAAACAUGAUUUAUACUUUCUACAUCCUGCUUUUGGUAUCAUGGCGAAUGUACGACCCUAUUGGACUUUUGUUCUUGAGGAAUUUUGCACGCCUUUCUCACAUAAGGUGAAGGAAAGCAUUUUUUGAGCAUCUUCAUAAAGAGAGGCUUUCCAUGAUCAACGAUGGCAAUAUAUGUAUUUUUGGAUCAAAGAUCUCUGUGGUUGCCAUUUUGGCUGGUCAUAAACUCUUUUUCCCCAAGGUUGCCACCAGGAAAGCUCUUGAUUUUGUUAAUUAAUUUGUGAUUAAGAAACUUGUCAUCAGCGGGAAUUGGAAUAUUUUUUUCCUUUGGCUCUGUUGCCAUCUCUCAGGGGGGAAUAGAUUUCUUUUAAUUGUUAUAUUAUUUCAAAUUUAGUCUAUUUUAACUACGUUCAGCUAUUUGGGUGCAAAUAAUAACCUUGAUGUCCUAUGUUGGCUUUCUUUGUGUUUAAAGCACUGCAUCUUAUUUUUUUUCUAUUUCAACUUUUUUUUUAUUUAAUUGGAAUUUCACCUUAACUUGAUGCUUUCUUUCUUAGUGAUAUUUCUCGUAGUUAUUAUUUCUAUGUUUCAACUUUCAAUUCUAGGUUAUCAGUGGUCAUUUAGGAUGGGUGAGGUCCGUGGCUAUUGAUCCAAGCAAUUCAUGGUUCUGUACUGGUUCUGCAGAUCGCACAAUUAAGGUUACACCACCAUUCUCUCUGAUUUUAUUCAUAUAAGUAUUCUCUUCAUUUAUAGAUAUCUACACAUGGAAUUUCAUUAAAAGAGUGCAUGCUUAAAUAUUGACAUCCACGAGAUGUAAACAUGCAAUUGCGUCUCUCAGAAUGCCAAGCCUACUAACUUGAGUCUAAUGAGCCUUUUUACAUAAUUUCUGUCGUUGGUACUGUUAUAAAAUGUUUUAAUCUGGUGAAGGUCUAUUUGCAACGUUCAUUAGAGUUAUUUUGUUGGUCUCUGCUUCAUAUUUGGAUUUUUUAUUCGGUCUACACAUGCGAUUUCCAGUCUGGAUUUUUUUUUUCUUCUGUUUUAUUUGAUGAACACGCUGCUCUUCGGGCUAUAUCGUUGUGUUUUAACUCAGCUGAUAUUUUUUGGUUGUGUGAAGAUAUGGGAUCUAGCAAGUGCUCAGUUAAAGCUCACACUGACUGGACACAUUGAACAAAUACGCGGUUUGUCCCUAUUCUACUCUACUAUGUAGAUUGCCUAUUUUAUUCUUACUAUGUUCUGCUUUUGCACAGAUAAUUUAAUAUGCCUAUGAGCUUGAAAUAAUUGAUGCAGCUGUCUUCUUAUUUUGAAGGUCUUGCUGUGAGCCGGAGGCAUACUUAUCUGUUCUCUGCGGGCGAUGACAAACUAGUUAAAUGUUGGGAUCUUGAACAGAAUAAGGUGAAUGGAGAUAUAUUUGCCUAGUAUUUGGCGCUUCAAUGACUAAUGUUUGGGAGAAUAUUACCUAACUCCUGCUUUUCUUUUUUUACAGGUCAUACGGUCCUACCAUGGACAUCUUAGUGGUGUAUACUGCUUAGCUCUACACCCCACUCUUGAUCUUCUGUUCACUGGUGGGCGAGAUUCUGUGUGUCGGGUACAAUCUAUGCCUUGUCUAGUACAUACAUUAUGUGAAUACGAAAUAUGUAUCCUCACACAUUUGGUUUUUAUUUUUCUCAUUCUUUCUUAAUCUCUUAUGACUAUCCAUUUCAUACUUUUCAUACUGCUGAAGAAAGUUACAAGCACCCAGAAUACUCCUGAGUAUUAUAUAUUAUUUUUUGAAUAAGCAUGCCAUGCUUGUCUGAGUAUCUUACCACGAUUUCUCCAGGGGCCAUCCUGGAUGUAGUGUUGAUUCUGAAAUUUUAGUUAGCCAUGCUGUGUUUUAUUUUUCAGGUGUGGGAUAUCCGUACUAAGGCGAUGAUUUUCGCUUUGUCAGGGCAUGACAAUACUGUCUGUUCAGUUUUUACGCGUCCUGUGGUAUGUGUACUGCCGAACCCAGACCAUUAACAAUUCCUAUACAAAUGUCUCAUCUCAAUACCGUAUCGAGAUACAUUUUAUUUUAUUUUAUACAUUUCUAUAUUUCGCUUCACUUUAUCAUGUCAUUCCCGUAACUUUUUUGUUGAAAAUCAAUUGAUGGCUUUAGUAUCAUGGGGAUUUUGCAUUGCUCAAUAUUUCUUCACAUCAAGAUAUAUCGUAAUGCUUCUAGGAAUGUAGGAUUUUAGUUUUUUGGAAGUAAAUCUGACUUCAUUGUCUCAGUAAUAAUCCGAGCUUGAGGACACUUUUUUGGAAUCUUCAUUGUCUCCGUUUCCGCAGUUGACAAUUUCCAUAUUUUGACUUUAUGUCUAACAGCUGUCAACUGUACUGUGAUUUUCCAACAUGGAAGCCAUGACUCAUAUUUGACCCAAGUUUUCAAAAUUGACAUUUGGAAAUAUUGCGACUCGAGAUUUAUCCACUCAUAUGUAAAUACUGCGACUAAAGCUACGAUCUGGUACGGAAAAAUAGAAGGCAAGGGAAAUUCUUUGAGUAGGGGAAGGCAUCAAGAUGGUGAUCUCAGCCAGUGGGUAUUGAGAGUGACCUUUGGGCAUGACAUCAUUUGAUGUAGUCGAGACUCAUCUAUCGGUCAACAUGAUCUGACCUUAAGGAAGGUUAUGUUGCCUCAUUUCUAGUAUGAUCGCUGAUACUGCACCGGUCUAAAUCCCCUCCCCCCCCAACAUGUUUUUUCUGUAAUUACUUCAGCUCAUAAAUAAAUAAAGAUAUAUUAUAUCUUAUCCCUCAAGGUUGACCUCGAUUCUGUCGUCGUCAGAUUUUUCGUUUAGUUCUGUUUAUGUAAAACUUAAAGGAUAACCUACUUGUUACGUACUACCUGCAUUACCCAUUCAGCAAUUGGGUUUAAGGUUCUUCAAUCUCGUUGUUUUUUUUUUUACGUUGAUCUGAGGAAUAUAAAUCACAACAAUUUUUUGCCUUUUCAGGAUCCACAGGUUGUAACCGGAUCACACGACACAACAAUCAAGUUUUGGGACCUAACAGCUGGUUAUUCUUUGCUCAAGUGACGUGCUUUUCUCAACAAUCUCUUGCUUCCUUGUUCUAAAAGUUGGUCUCUUUCACCUUACAGGAAAAACGAUGGCAACUCUCACCCACCAUAAAAAAUCUGUGCGUGCAAUGGCGCUACAUCCACAAGAGUAUGUAUAAACCACAGUAGAACCCCUGAGCAAUUAUCAGAUAUUUGCCAAAAAAAAAAUAAAUUCUAAUACCCCUGAGCAAUUAUCAGAUAUUUCCUAUGCCAUUAUGUUUUUCCUCCGAGAAUUCUCUGCUGUGGUGAGUAGACUUCUGCUGUUCUUCUCCAGGCAAGCGUUUGCAUCUUCAUCAGCGGAUAAUGUAAAAAAGUUUAGGCUCCCAAAAGGAGAGUUUCUGCACAAUAUGCUGUGAGUAGUAUCCCUUUACCCUCCAUCUAAUCUGCCAAAUCACUAUCUUUUCUUUUUUUUCUCCCUUGUUAAGAUGCGGAAUCAGUAAUCCUCAUACUUGCCGGUAUAAUCUUUCCCUAUAUCAGCCAUGAUUUCUGAUUUUGGGGUGGUUGUUGAAUGUGAGGAAGCAAGGAUGAUUAUAUGAUCUUAAAACCUGUGAUACCCUUGUUCGUCCCAUUUGCCAUGUCCUUGAGAAAUUUAUUCUGUGAAACUGAAAAACUUGGCGUGCUGUUGUUAAAUUACGCCUUUUUUUUUUGUUCAUGGUCAUCAAUUUUUUGUAAUAAAAAGACGGUAGUGGACGCCUCCGAACGGCUGUUCGAUUGCUUUGUCUUGAUGAUUUAGGAAUGUCCUGUGUAUCAUGCAGAUCUCAGCAGAAGACGAUCGUUAAUGCAAUGGCAGUCAAUGAGGAUGGUGUUCUAGUGACCGCAGGUGUGCUUUGCGCAUCUUUCCCGAUUAUAGCUAGAAAAAUCCCACUUUCUUUUAAAUAAUGGUGAACUGAAUAAAUCUGAAAAAAAUGUGUACCAUUAUUGAAUAUGAUCCUCCUCCAUUUUAGGUGACAAUGGAAGCAUGUGGUUCUGGGACUGGAAGAGCGGCCAUAAUUUCCAGCAGGCCCAGACAAUUGUCCAACCAGGUAUCCAUCUUUUCUCCAUUUAUCCCCCCCUAUGAGAGAGAGAGAGAGAGAGAGAGAGAGAGAGAGAGAGAGAGAGAAUGAUUCUCCCCCUGACCUGCCCUGCCCUUCUCAGGAUCUCUGGACAGUGAGGCCGGCAUAUAUGCCCUCUCUUACGACAUGACUGGAACGAGGCUGAUCACCUGCGAAGCUGACAAGACCAUCAAGAUGUGGAAGGAAGAUCCGACGGCCACGCCAGAAACCCAUCCGCUCAACUUCAAGCCGCCAAAAGAUCUCAGGCGGUACUAG